AUGUAUAUAAGAGAGCAUGACGAAGAUAUAUCAACCGAUCCCGUUGUUUAUAUUUGUGGAGAAUGCGGAAUUGAUACAGUAAUACCACCUAAUGCCUCAUUGAGAUGUAAAAAUUGUGGAUCAAAAAUAUUUUUUAAGAAAAGAAGCCGACGCGUUAUGCAAUAUGAAGCUCGAUAA